GUGGGAGGAUUCUGGGCUCCAGGAUUGUUGGGGUAAAUGAUAGCAGCUGCUAGGAUUCCUCUACUUUAUGCUGAGGGCCAUUCCAUUCCCUAUAACUAUGCUUUCUGUACAACACCUCUCCGGAGGCACAGCCCAGAAUCUAGCUCUAGGGAUCCACAAACAGAGCAGCUUCAUGCCUCCAGGAAUUGGAUUCCUGCAAAAGUCUGGAAUCCACUUCCCACUAGAGAAAGUGAAAAGAAGAAACUAGAGACAGACACUGCACAUAAAUCUGAGCAGGAACCUUUAGGUGGUGGGAAAGUCUAGAGAGAGCAAGUACAAGAGAAUCAGAGGAGUAUCUUACUCCCCUUUACUGCAUCAGCUGCUGGUUUUAUUCUGACAGGAGAUGAUGGCUAUGUGAGGAAGGGCAAGGAGGGGAUAUCCCUGAGACUCACAUAGUAGGAAAGGUUUGCCAUUGGGGAGAAAGUCCUGGGGACAUGGGCUACAGCUGGGGAGGGCAGAAAAUGCAAAAGACAAAUGCCCAGUUAUUGGGGGAUCUGCCCCAGAUCCUCAAAGUUAUUUAAGUGCCUAAGUCCCAUUGAUUUCAAUGGCAGUUGAUUUCAAUGGCAUCUAAAUACCUUUGAAGAUGAUGUCCAAUGUGCCUGCAUUGAGAAGCACUAAAGAAAGUUGUCCUACGUAGGAAGCUCUGCAUUCAGGGCAGUUUCCUGCGUCACUAAAUUUCUCCAUUUUUCUCCCAGGAGUUGGGUUCCUCCAAAGAACUGAACUUCUCUUUACAACUCCACUUCCCUUAAGAUCUCAGAGCUUCUUCAGCCAGUGGGAAACCAGUUCCUAAGAACACAAACAGCAUUGUCUUUCUCAAUGGAUUUACAGAAUAAGAGGAAAUCUCCAGAGCACCUAGCCAGUGAAGAUGGGGCCCAGCUCCAUAUCCAUCAGGCAGAUGGGAUCAGAAUCUGUGACCACUUCCUCCUAGGAAAUUGUCCUGAAGGAACUGGCUGCCCACUCCACCACACUCGCUAUCCCUACCACUGGCAGUUAAGGCGGAGUGACAACAAAGCCUGGCAGAGUUUGAGUGACUCAGCUCAGCGUCACCUGGAAAAUCUUUACUGCAAUGUUAACAAAAGUCAUGCUCAUUUUUUGGACAACAAUAAUUCUUCUGGGAAACUUGCCCUGACUUCCUUGAAAGUGAUAACCUCUGAGACCUAUGACAAAGCGAGGCGUCUUUCCAACACCUGCGAUCCACAGCAGAACCCCCAUUUCCCCACACAGUGGGCAGUGUUUUGGAAAAAUGGUGAUAAAUGGAUAAAAUACAAGGAGCCCAUCUUCAGUGAUCUCCUCUCUGCCUUUGAGGAGGACAAGGAACUCCACAACUUCGAGCUCUGGGGCAAGCACUACAGCGUGGAUUUGAAGAGGUUUGUGCAACAUAACAUGGAACGGGGAUAUGUUCGCCACAUCCAGCGCCGGCCUUCUUACCGAUCACUCCUCGAUAUGAUGCCAUACCUGCAGAUGAUCCCAAGUAAAGCCAGUAUACCCUCCUGUCCUACUCCUGACAUCCCUGGGGAAGAUCCCAUGGAUGGUUACUAUGGUCCAUACCCCGCUGCUUGGAUUCCACAGCCAACUGUUGAUCAGGCUUUCCUGCAAAUGGAGGUGACGCCAUCAGAAGCUGCAUACCGCUCAACUUGUGUUCUCUUCCACCAGUCUCUUCCAGAGGAUGAGGUCCUGGUGCUGGCAAUUUAUAGGAUCCGGAAUGAAGAUCUCUGGCAAAGAUAUACCAACCAGAAAAAAUUCAUGACUUGGGGAAGAACAAAGCUUGAGAAACAACAUCUGGAGAAGCACCUCUUCUUUGGAACCUCAGCCAGAAAUGUGGAGCCCAUUUGCAAAACAAACUUCAGCCAGUUCCUCCCGGAACAGCACAGCCCUAUCUUUGGCCAAGGCAUUUAUUUCUCAUUGAGAGCAGAUUAUUCAAACAGAUACUCCCGUGCAAAGAAAGGUGGGAUGCGCUACAUGUUCCUGGCCAAGGUUUUGGUGGGAAAGACUGUGGCUGGGAGAGCACAUUACCGCCGGCCCCCAGAGCAGGAGCCUGGUGGGCAACUCUAUGACUCAUGUGUCAAUAGUGUGAGCAAGCCCCAGGUGUAUGUGGCCUUUGACAACUUCCAGUGCUACCCCUACUUUCUUAUCCACUACAAGCUCCUCUCUGACCCUGUGGUGCUGUACAGCUGAUGACACAAGGAAGAGGGGCUUUUCUGCUCUCUCUGAAUCAUCCACAUAAUGACUUCUACCAUCAGAGCAUGAAGAGGGUUCGUUUUAGCCCUUCACAUUCCUUUGACCUAUGCUCCUUGUAAAGGACUUUACAAACUGUUCCUGGGCAUUCAGAGAGUGCUGGCUGCAAGUACAUGUAGCUGGGAUUUUCAAAAGUGCCUAAAGGAAUUAGACACCCAAAUCCGAUUGAAUUAGAAUGGAAAUUUGGCACCUGACUCCCAUUCAAAUUCACUGGGAGUUGUAUACCCCGCUCUUAGAGUGGGAUUUUCAGAGGAGCCCUUAAUCCUUUCAAUACAUAGAAAAACAUACUCCACUAAUUUCCACAGCAUUCCUCUACCAACUCCUUGUAUUCUCACUGAUGAUCCCCUCUAUUCUUUCCCACAAUCCACAUUUACCCACCUCUGACUUUACCCUGGUCACCUCCAAUUCAUUUCACCAUCCAUCUAAAUAAGAAUGGCCAUGUAAGAUGUCCCCUCUGGAUUUCACUAAAAAACUGUUUUGUAUCUUGGCCAGAAGGAGGCACUGUUGCAUGAAAUGAAGCCAUUCUUUCUCAUCCUGAUCUCUGGAGGGUCUUGUGGACCAUGAUGUGUCCCUCAAGUACAUUUAAAAAUGCCACCCUUCUGUUUUUGUGAAAUAUCAACACCUUCCUCUCUCUAAAAACACUCCUCCCCAUGUGAGUUAUCUGUCAAUAAUGACUGUUCAGUGCAGCCUGCUCUUAGUAUAAAUGUUGGGGGUGGGAUUGCUAAUUUUUUUUAUAUUAAAUACUUGUUUAAAUUAUUGUUACUAUAAUGGUUUUAUUUGUUGGUAAGGGGUUUUCUUGAAUUAUUAAAACUAGAGAAGUGUUAAUAAUUAAUUUACAAAAUGUGUGUGUGUCAAAUUAACUUCUGUAUCUGAUGCGGGGAAUCCACAGACUUGGGCUUCUCAGAGUUUCUAGUGGGUCAGGACUUGCUCCAGGCAAAAGUGUCUCACACCAUCUCCCCCUCACUUCUGGAAAACCUGCAUGGUUGUCUUGCACUGGCCCCUCCUACCUGAUCCAUAAAACCUCUAGAAAGCAGCUGGUUUCAAGCACCUCUUCAAGCAAUUUUUGGCACCUACACUGUUUUAGCAAGAAGCUGGGAGAGGUAGGAACUGUCCAUUUUUUUGUGGGUUCAUCUGUUUGCCACAUAAUUGAAAUAGCCCCCCUCUAGAGUUUAUUCAUUCAAUCAGGGCCAGAUUCUGAUACCCUUUACUCAUGGUAUGAACCUUAUUCUAUCACUUCAGUGGGAUUAAGGCAAGUAAUGACCAUUGUGAUCACCUUGUCUGAUCUACUGCAUAACACAGGCCAU